AUGGCGACAUGUGCGACCGAGGACAACCCAGCGGACGCUUUAUCUAGGGGACAACUUCCGCGCGAUUUUUUGAGGAACGAGGCAUGGUUCCAUGGACCACCCUGGCUCGCGCAACCAGAGACUGAGUGGCCCAAUCCGACGGAAAGGGAAAUUCUCGAAUUACCGGACGUAAAGGGAUUGUCGGUAUUAACGACGCGAAUUGAAUCCGGAAAUGUAUUUCAGCGAUUCUCYARUUACGCGCGAUUAUUGAAAAUUGUAGCUCGAUGCCGACGAUGGCUUAAAACUAACUCGUAUAAGGGAGAAUUGUCKACGGCGGAAAUAACAGAAACGGAACGACGCAUUUUAAAGAUCGUACAAGGCGAACAAUUUCACGCCGAAAGGGAAAGAUUAAAAACAGCGGAGGGAGUCAAGAGCACAAGACUAGCCGCGUUAGAUCCGAUCCUCGACGAAGAAGGCUUAAUUCGAGUGGGGGGCCGACUUCGAAACGCGAAUUUAAGUUUCUAUGAGAGAUGUCCGAUAUUAUUGCCCUCACAUCAUCACGUCACUGAUCUCCUUAUCCAAAAAUUCCACGAACAAAAUUUUCACGCUAGCAUACAGACUACCCUCUAUGCUCUUCGACAACGGUUUUGGCUUCUCGACGGCAAGAAUCAAGUGCGAAGAAUCGUACGUCAUUGCGUACGUUGCAUUCGAUUCCGUGCAUCCGGCAUCCGGUAUAAAAUGGGGGAUUUACCAAGCUCUCAAGUGCAGAAAACCACUGCAUUCUCUCAUGUCGGAGUAGAUUUUUUCGGGCCGAUCUACGCGAAGGAAAAGAAAUACCUUAAUAAGGGUCGCGGUAAAAUAUACGGGUGUAUCUUCAUUUGUAUGACUAUAAAGGCAGUACAUAUCGAAUUAGUCAGCGAUCUGACUACGGAUGCCUUCUUGGCCGCUUUCAGGCGAUUUGUGAGUCGAAGAGCUGUUCCAACUCACGUUUAUUCUGAUAACGGAACCAACUUCGUCGGGGCUAAUACCCAGUUAAGGGAGCUAUAA